CUGUGCCCUGAUGGCCACUGACAGCCUGGAGGAAUACACUGGAGGGAUCUUCUCGGAGUUUCACCCGCUCGCUAUGCCAAAUCACAUUGUGUCCGUGGCCGGCUGGGGUGUGGCAGAGGACGGGACGGAGCACUGGAUUGUCAGGAACUCCUGGGGAGAGUUCUGGGGAGAACAUGGAUGGGCGAGAAUAGUCACCAGUGCUUAUAAAGGAGGAAAAGGCAAUUGGUUCAACCUGGGUAUUGAGAAAAACUGUGCAUAUGGAGAUCCUAUUGUAACAUAGACGCCUAAAUAAAAUAAUAGAAAGAAACUG